AUGAACAUGGCGCGCCCGACCACCUACCAAGCUUACCGGCGUACCGCUGGACCCCUUCCCAUGACGAUUGAGAAAGUCACAGAAGAAAUUCCAACAACUCUGGGCGCUGAUGAAGUCCUCAUCCACAUCCAUGCCGUUUCGCUCAACUUCCGCGAUGUCGCAAUGCUGGACGGCCGCUACCCCCUGCCAUUCAUGGAGCGCGGCAUCCCAGCAUCCGACUGCGCAGCCGAAGUGGUCGAGAUCGGGUCCGGCGUGACGGACUUCAAAGUCGGCGACCGGGUAAUCAACACCAUCGACCUCAACAACACGACCGACGAGGACGAAGAGACACCACUAGCGCUAGGCGGCGAAGUGGAAGGCGUGCUGAGCCAGUUCGCCGUCUUCAAGGAAAAACACCUCCUGCACAUGCCGGCGCAUCUGUCCUGGGAAGAACCCCCCUUCUCCUCCCCCUCCCCCAAACAACUAACACCCCCCACAGGCACCGGCGGCGUCUCCACCACCGCCCUCCUCCUCUGCCUCGCCGCCGGCAUCCACCCCAUCAUAACCUCCUCCUCCGACACCAAACUCUCCGCCCUCCUCCACAAACUCGCACUCUCCUCCAGCACAACCGCCACCAUCGACUCCAUCAGCACCAUCAACUACCGCACCCACCCCGCCUGGGAAGCCGAGGCCAAGCGCCUGACUGCGGGCCGCGGCGUCGACAUCGUGGUCAACAACGCGGGGCCGACGUCGCUGGCGCAGGACGUCGAGGCGCUGGCGCCGCGGCGGGGGAUGGUGUCGGUUGUUGGUUUUUUGGGGGGACUGGAGGGGGGAGGGGGGAUGGAUGCGGGGACGGUGUUGAGGAUGAUGGUUAAGGGGGCGAGUGUGAGGGGCGUUGCGGGGGCGCCGAAGAGCGAGGUGAGGCGGUUGAAUGAGUUUGUUGAGGAGAAGGGGGUGAGGUUUCAUGCGGCAAUUGAUCGGGUGUUUGGGUUUGAGGAGGCGGGGGAGGCGUUUGGGUAUUUGAGGGAGGGGAGGCAUGUGGGGAAGGUUGUUGUUAGGAUGUAG